AGGGUUUCUGAGUCUCAACAUUGCCAGGAGAGAGUGAUACGCCAUGGCAAGGAUCAAAGUUCACGAGCUGAGGAACAAGUCCAAGACUGAGCUUUUGGCUCAGCUGAAGGACCUGAAAGCAGAGCUUGCUCUUCUCCGUGUUGCCAAAGUCACUGGAGGUGCCCCCAAUAAGCUCUCAAAGAUAAAGGUAGUUAGAUUGUCAAUAGCACAGGUGUUGACGGUUAUAUCGCAGAAGCAAAAGUUGGCACUGAGGGAAGCAUACAAGAACAAGAAAUAUUUGCCUCUCGAUCUUCGCCCCAAAAAAACCAGAGCUAUUCGAAAACGUCUUACUAAGCACCAGGCAUCUUUGAAGACAGAAAGAGAGAAGAAAAAAGAACUGUACUUUCCACUUAGAAAGUAUGCCAUCAAGGUUUGAAUUCAUCCAACUAUGAUAUGAGCACUUUGUCCAUGCAAUUGUCAUGUAGCUGGUUGGAUGGAUGAGUCCAUGAAUUAGGUUAUAGUUAAUCCAAGUUUCAACUCUUUUCCUUUUCAUUGAAAUUGGAAUGCAGAUUAUUAUGUAACAUCUCACUGAUGAAGAGUUUUGAAACUUUUGGCUUUUAUCAGAUGUUGAAAAGAAUUGGUCAAAAUUAAACAGUGGCUUGCGAAACAUAUAUCAUGUUUUUCUC